CGACCAUAAUGCUUGAAGUUGUGACCGGAAGCGGCCUUCGUGCUGCCGCGCAGCCUCACAGCGGUGCUGCUGACUGGAAACAGGAUGCUGUCAGGCCGAAGAGACGCUCUGACCUAACGGAGAGAAACCGCAGCAUCAUCCUUUGUUUUCUGGAGCUGGAUAUCCAGAUCGUGUGGUGAACUGAAAAGAACGCUGAAGCAAAGGUGGAGAGCAGCAGGACUUUGGUCUCCUGCUGUCCCGUGUUUUUGCUGGAAACCCCACUUCUCUCACUGCCCAGUCCACUCCUACUGUUCUUUCUGUUCGUUCACUCUCCUUCUAUCAUCUAUCUGCCAUCUUGCUCGACAAAUAGGUCAACAGAAUCCAAGCGCCAAAAACUAGGAGACCAUCUCAGCUGUUUCUGUAGAAGCACUGCUGAUAGAAAGAACACAAGUGGAUGUAACUGCCCCCACCCACAGAGUUUGGUUCAGUCCCACGGGCGAUGAGACGAGCCAGGAGCUUCAUCUUUCUCUAGACACUUUCCUCUACACCUUCUGUCUUCAUGCUUUGGGGGUCCUCAGGUGCCCCCACCCCGUGUCGACCCCCCCACACCCGUUGCCACCACGGCAGACCACCCCAAUCGCCUUGUUGCCAUGCCGACAGAGACACUGACUCCAGCCCUGCCAGAUAGCAAGGCUGCUGGCCCUGCAACGCCCUUCAGUUCCACUGUACCCCUCCGCAUCCUCAACAAGGGCCCCGAGUACUUCAGGAGACAGGUGGAACCAAACCCUAAGCGCCUCAGUGCUGUUGAAAGACUAGAAGCUGAUAAGGCCAAGUAUGUCAAGAGCCAGGAAGUCAUCAAUGCCAAGCAGGAGCCAAUCAAACCGCCUGUGCUUGUUAAACCACCUGCUGGCCACCCCCUGCUAUCCAAGAGAGGCUCUGGCAUCGGUGGAGGAGGCAGUGGAGGCGGGUUACCUUUCAAAGCAUCCAAUAACAAUGCCAAGUCAGACACGUGCGCAACAAGCUGUGGCAGCAUCAAACGGGAGAAUUUAAACCUAGAGAUCCUAAAAAAUCUGCUAAACUCAUCGUCUUCUUCAGCAGCGGGAUCUGGAGGCGGAGCUAAGAGUGCUGUGCAGAUGAGGUCAACGGGUGGAAUGCCCAGGAGUUGGACGCCAUCGGGGAUGCCGUUAACCUAUCGGUCGACCAUGACUCUUAACGAACAACCGCCCGACUCGACUCCCAGUCCCAGCACCUCACACUCCCUCCGAUCCUUCUCCCAUUCACUGAAGGUUCCCCCGAUCAACAGCGGGGGGCGUCGCAGUCCGCAACAGGGAGGAAACCUGAAUCUCAGCAGACGAGUCCACGAUGAGAGAAGCGGCGAAGGAGGCGUUAUGGAUCGUUCUCGGUCCCCGCUGCCACCUCUGCUUACUUCCCACUCAUCUUCCGACCUCCUGCGGCUGUGCAAUGGCAAGCCGCUCCGUACCGCACGAUCCAGUAGCUCCUCAGCUCCGCCCCUCCCUCCCAAACCUAAACCUUCAUCCCUCCCUCCUCCUGCACUUUCUUUGUCACUGCCUCCCCCUCGUCCGGCCCCGUCCCCCUCACCUUGUGACAACACCACCCCUCAGUCGCUACCUUGCGAUCUUGGAGAUCCUUCAAAAACGUUAGCUGAUCCUAACCUCGAGCUAGAACCUGGUUCGUCGGUGGCACGCCGCUCCUCGCUGCACAGAUCUAAAUCAGACCUGUCAGACCGUUACGCCCGGGCUGGAGCUGACGUGGAACGCUUUUUUAACUACUGCGGACUCGACCCCGAGGAGCUGGAGGCGGUCGGUCCGGAGAACUUUGCACGGGCCAACUCGGAUAUCGUCAGUUUGAAUUUCCGAUCAGCCUCUAUGAUUUCCUCUGACUGCGACCGUUCUCGGCGAUCUUCCAAUGACGGUCUGUCAGAUGGGGAUGAGGGUGAGGACGAAGAGGAGGAGGCUGGGGAGCGUGUGCCAUAUGGCAUUUCGGCUGUGGAGCGAAAUGCACGGGUCAUUAAAUGGCUAUAUAGCAUAAAGCAGGCGAGAGAGUCGCACAAAGUGUCCCAUGUUUAGAAGUGGAGCUUCUUUAGGCUAAAGACGAACUGUCCUAAUCUCUGAAGGAAUCACUGCAGCGGCUUUUCUCACAGAUAAAGAGGUUGUUGUCUUAUUGCUGAACGAAAACUUUUUCAACUGUGUGCAGCUGAUUGAAAGAGGGAGGACUGCACAGGUGUAACCCAAGCAAGGUAAGGAAAGAGACAAAAGAGUGUCUGAAGAUUAUAGAAAAGACCAAGACUGCAGUCCUCCGAAGUUUAGAACAAGAAAAACACCAAGAACAGAAAGAGGAAAAGCAAAUUCAGUGGCAGUUAGCUGCUUCUCUGUGGACACUGUAUGAACUGUUGUGUAAGCAACAGGAACAAAAGUGAAAUGCAUUUGUCCAAGGAUCCAUAAUGUGGCCAUCGCAGUAGCAAGGAUUCAAGAGGUUUCUCACAGAGGACAUUUGGACUUGUCAGACAUCAGUACGACUGACACUGUUACAUGUAGCCUUUGACACCUGCACUCAUCGUCUUUGAAAUGUUCCUCAGCCCACUUUUGUGCUCUUUCAUGGUCACAUCCUCAGUAGGAAAUAGUCGGCCAGUUGUAAGUGGUUGAACUUCAUCUUACCUCACAAAUGCUGUCUGCUAGAAAAAUAAAUAACUUUAGCUAGCACAGAAAUAUUUUAUACAGGCCUCAGUCUUGCUUACAUUUAUCGCUCAUUACAGAUACUUUGGAUAUGUUCUCCCUUUGGGACACUAACAAACAAAAACCUAACCUCUGACCCUGUGACUGAGUUUGCAUAGUAAAUGUAUACAUGUGAUAAACUGAAAGCUUAAACGACAACGACCCUGCUAAGUGGGUUUGUGGAUUCAGCAUUAAAUCAGCACAUUUCUUGGACGGAGGCAGCUGUCCGUCACACAAUCUGCCUAAAUUUGCACUCAACGCAGCGCAUGUAGCUUAUUGCUAAACCAUUGGUGAAUGACGUCACACUCGUGGUUUGUCUAGCACCUCCCAGAAGUUCUUCCUCACAGCACUUUUCUGAUUGUUUGAGGUGAUCAUCUCCCCAGUUUCCUGCUUUCGCCUUAUCAGAAACAUCAGUAAUUCAAUUCAAUUCAAUUCAAUUCAAUUUUAUUUAUAUAGCGCCAAAUCACAACAAAAGUCGCCUCA